AUGGCCACCAGCAAUAAACUUUUUUUUAUUUUUGUUUUCCUGCACUCAGGCUCCCACCUGAACUUUGGCUGCCUGGUAUAUGCUGUUGGGAUAUCCUUAAGAGAUCAUCCAGGAAUGGUGGAUCACUUGCUGCCUACUGAUGAAUCCUUUUCAUCCACAAGAUCUUCUCUUGGUUACUUUGGGGACAUGACAGCAGGCGUGAGGUCCUACCAAAUGCUGCCCUCUCCCCUGUCAGAAGAUGACAGUGACUCGUCCAGCUUUUGUUCUUGUUCCAGCCCUGACUCCCAGGUCCUCAGCUCCAGCUAUGGAAGCACAUCCAGUGCAGAAAGUCAGGACAGUAUCUUAGACUAUUUAUUGUCCCAGGCAUCUUUGGGGAACACCACUGCAUCAUGGUGGGACAAAAGGAGACUUCAGCCAAUAGUGAAAGAGGAGUACUUUAGGUUGCCUGAAUUUCCCGUGGAUAUGGAAGACUCAGGACCAUUUCAGCCCACGCUUGAGGAAAUUGAGGAGUUUUUGGAGGAGAACAUGGACUUGGAGCUCAAAGAAAGACCUAAAAGCGAGACCAAGGACUUGAGAGCUUGCAGCCAGGUUUCUGUUGCUUCGCUGCAGCAAAAAGAACAUAUGUUACCCAGUGCUACUUUAAAAGAGAGCAAAAGUGAACAGUUGACCAGCACCACAGAAGGUGGCCAAGUUUCAAAUGGAGGGAUGACCCUAGAGAAUGGAAUACCGGUUAUGCUCCAAAUUCAGCCUGUGCAGAUCAAACAGGAGUCCAACACGAGCCCCAGCUCCCAAGGACCAGCACAGGAGAACAUUAAAAUUGCACAGCUCCUAGUCAACAUCCAAGGACAGACAUUUGCCCUUGUGCCUCAGAUAGUUCAGUCAUCCAAUUUGAACUUGUCCUCUAAAUUUGUCCGCAUUGCUCCCGUCCCCAUUGCUGCCAAGCCAAUUGGGCCAGGAGGCAUGAUCCAGGGGCAGACGGGAAUCAUCAUGGGCCAGAAAUUUCAAAAGAACCCCGCAGCUGAACUCAUUAAAAUGCAUAAAUGUUCUUUUCCUGGUUGCACCAAGAUGUACACGAAAAGCAGCCAUUUGAAAGCCCACCUGAGGAGGCACACAGGAGAAAAGCCCUUUGCGUGCACGUGGCCGGGUUGUGGAUGGAGGUUCUCCAGGUCAGAUGAGCUGUCCCGGCACAGGCGCUCCCACUCAGGGGUCAAACCCUACCAGUGUCCAGUCUGUGAGAAGAAGUUUGCUCGAAGUGACCACUUGUCCAAGCACGUCAAGGUGCACCGGUUCCCACGCAGCAACCGCUCCGUCCGCUCCGUGAACUGACGGGUCCUGCUCCCCCUUCCCACCAGCCAUCCUACAACUGCGAUGACAGCACUUUGCUCACUACAUUUCUAGUGAUAAUUUAUUUGUCUCCACAGAACAGUCAAUGCUGUUACUUGAUGCCACCAUGUUUGAGUGCCCCACGUCCUUCAAAGAUGAUUUGGGAAUGAAGCUCUUUUUGGGUCAGGAGAGGAGAGUGGGGUGCUUCUUCCUUUUAUUUUUUUUUUCUUUUAAGGAUAUUAUUUUCCUUUCCUUCUAUCUGUCUCUCCUUUGCUGCUGCUUCUUUUGGAAAUUACAGUGUUUUAUUUUUAGCUGUUUUCUGCUGCACAGGAAAAUGUAAAAGUUGCUUGCUGCUAGUUAAUUAUAGCCCUGGCAUUCCUGAGGGCUUUGCUCAUGUACAGGCCACUCAUUGUGAAUUUUUAUUAAGCUGCUCUAUUUGUCCAGUUUGGAAACAGCAAAUUCCUUUUGAAAUGAAAACAACUCCUUUGUUUUUGGGUCGCCUGAGCCAAGGAUUUGUAGGGGCUGGCCAUAGGAGGAGGAACAGUGGGAGUUGAGGAUAGGGGGAAACAAGGCUUGGAGAGCACUGGAAUGUGCCUCCAUGCAUCUCUGAUUUUCCCAGCUCACAUUUACCUCUCCGGUGGCUAGGGCUAUAUAUAAAUAUUUAUGUACACAUAUUCAUACAUACAUACAUACAUACAUACAUAUAUAUAUAUAUAUCUGUGUGUGUGUGUGUG